GGGCUGCGGUGGCGCUGCGGGAACAGAGCCUGACCGGUACUUGCUCUGUGCUGGGCAAAGUUCAGGGGAGGAGAGAACGCAUAAGCCAGACUUACCAGGGCAACAUGAGGAGUGCAGCCAAGCCCUGGAGUCCAGCUGUCAAAGCCGGGAGCCAUGGGGCAGACCGAGCACGACCCCUCCCCACAGCCUCUUCUGGCAUGAAGAGCUCUAAAUCUUCAACCUCCUUGGCAUUUGAGUCCCGACUCAGCAAGCUCAAGAGAGCAAGCAGCGAGGACAUGCUCAACAAGCCUGGAAGUGCUGCUGUUUCUGGGGUAGCUCGACUAAAAAAGACUUCGACAGCUGGAGCCAUCUCUGAGCUCACUGAGAACCGCCUGAGGAACAACCCAGUGAAUGUUCGAGAGAAGACCUUCCAAAGAACAACCCCAGUAGCAUAUUCUUUGGGGGUUGUGGCCACAACCAAACGGACGGGCAUUCCAGCUCCUCGAGAACUUUCCGUAACUGUCUCAAGAGAGAGAACUGUGCCACGUGGUCCUUCCAACACAAGGAAAUCGGUUUCUAGUCCAACCUCUUCCAGCACACCCACUCCUACCAAGCACCUGAGAACCACAUCUACUAGACCCAAGCAAGAGAAUGAAGGUGGAGAAAAGGCUGUGCUUGAAUCCCAAGUUCGGGAGCUUUUGGCAGAAGCCAAAGCAAAAGAUAGUGAAAUUAACAGGCUUCGAAGUGAGCUAAAGAAAUAUAAGGAGAAAAAGACUCUGAGCCCUGAAGGAACUGAUGUUUUGGACCCAAAUGUAGAUGGAACAUCAGUCUUAGCAGGUGACUCAGAACCUUUAAUCAGAGCUCUUGAAGAAAAGAACAAGAAUUUUCAGAAAGAACUUGCUGAUCUAGAGGAAGAAAACCGGGUGUUGAAAGAGAAACUAACUUAUCUUGAGCAGUCACCAAAUUCAGAAGGGGAAGCAAGUCACACCGGUGAUAGCAGCUGCCCGACAUCUAUAACUCAAGAGUCAAGCUUCGGAAGCUCAACUGGAAAUCAGUUGUCAGGUGAAAUCGAUGAAUAUAAAAAAAAUAUACAUGAAAAUGCAUUACGGACAUCGGGUUCUUCAAGUAGUGAUGUUACCAAAGCUUCUUUGUCACCAGAUGCCUCUGAUUUUGAACACAUCUCAGCAGAUACCCCCUCCAGACCCCAGUCUUCCACUAGCAAUCCCUUUAAGAGUUCUCGGUGUUCUACCACCGGAAGCUCCCCUAACAAUGUGAGCGAGUUGUCCCUGGCUUCCCUUACAGAGAAGAUACAGAAGAUGGAAGAAAACCACCAUAGCACAGCUGAAGAACUGCAGGCUACUUUGCAAGAAUUAUCAGACCAGCAACAAAUGGUGCAGGAAUUGACAGCAGAAAAUGAGAAACUGGUCGAUGAGAAGACUCUCUUAGAAACUUCCUUUCACCAGCAUCGAGAGAGGGCAGAACAACUAAGUCAAGAAAAUGAGAAGUUAAUAAAUCUUUUACAAGAGCGAGUAAAGAAUGAAGAGCCCAAGGUUCAAGAAGGGAAAAUCCUUGAAUUGGAACAGAAGUGCACAGAAAUUAUUGAACAGGGCCGCUUUGAAAGAGAAAAGCUGCUCAACAUCCAACAGCAGUUGACCUGUAGCUUACGGAAGGUGGAGGAAGAAAACCAAGGAGCUUUGGAAAUGAUUAAACACCUGAAGGAAGAAAAUGAAAAACUGAAUGGGUUUCUAGAACUGGAACGGCAUAAUAAUAGUGCAAUGGUCAAAACUUUGGAAGAAUGUAAAGUUACCUUGGAAGGACUGAAGAUUGAAAAUGGGUCUUUGAAGGCUAACUUGGAGAAUGAGAAGCAAAAAGCCACUGAGACCUGUCACAUGGGGCAAAUGGCAGAGGGCUACGAAGUUCAAGAAAUGUUGAAAUUAGCUCGAGCUGAGAAAGAUCAGCUGGAACUGACCUGUACAGAGCUCAGACAAGAAUUACUAAAGGCAAAUGGGGAAGUUAAACAUGUUUCAAGCCUGUUAGCCAAGGUGGAAAAGGAUUAUUCUUAUCUGAAGGAGAUAUGUGACCAUCAAGCAGAGCAGCUGAGCAGAACCAGCCUAAAACUGCAAGAGAAAGCAUCAGAGAGUGAUGCAGAGAUAAAAGACAUGAAGGAAACCAUAUUUGAGUUAGAAGACCAGGUGGAACAGCACAGAGCUGUCAAGUUACAUAACAAUCAACUCAUCAAUGAACUAGAAAGUAAUGUGAUGAAGCUGGAGGAACAGAAGUCAGACCUGGAAAGACAACUGAAGACUUUGACUAAGCAGAUAAAGGAGGAGACCGAGGAGUGGAGGCGGUUUCAGGCAGACCUGCAGACUGCGGUGGUGGUGGCCAAUGACAUCAAGUGUGAGGCCCAGCAGGAACUGCGCACUGUGAAGAGGCGGUUGCUUGAGGAAGAGGAGAAGAAUGCCAGGCUGCAGAAGGAGCUGGGGGACAUGCAGGGUCACAGCAGACCUGUGAAUGAAGACUCAGAGCCCUCUGAGGCCGAUGCUCCUGGCCGGUGGCACAGCAUUUAUGUGAACAGAACAUCUCCAACACCUUCUGAGUCAGCAACCACCGUUAAGUCACUUAUCAAGUCAUUUGAUUUGGGACGCCCAGCAGGUGGAGCUGGACAGAACAUUUCUGUCCAUAAGGCCCCCAGAAGUCCCCUCAGUGGAAUACCAGUGAGGACUGCUCCAGCCGCUGCUGUUUCUCCAAUACAGAGGCAUUCAGCUUACAGCAGUCUUCGGCCAGCCAGCAAAACCAUGACUCAACGCCUGGAUCUCCCAGACCUUCCCCUCUCAGAUCUUCUAAAGGGAAGGACCGAGGACCUGAAACCAGACCCUUAUCUCCGUAAGAGUCCUUCGCUUGAGUCACUGAGCAGACCCCCUUCUCUGGGCUUCGGGAGCACUAGGCUGCUGAGCGCCUCCACAGGGGGGUUGAAGCCCCAAAGCAAACUAAGUGUGGAAAGAAGAGACCCUCUGGCAGCCUUGGCCCGGGAAUAUGGUGGCUCCAAGCGCAACGCUCUACUGAAAUGGUGCCAGAAGAAGACAGAAGGAUAUGCGAACAUUGAUAUCACCAAUUUCAGCAGUAGCUGGAGUGACGGCCUGGCCUUCUGUGCUCUCCUCCAUACCUACCUGCCUGCCCACAUCCCAUACCAGGAGCUGAACAGUCAGGAGAAGAAAAGGAAUCUCCUGUUGGCAUUCGAAGCAGCUGAAAGCGUUGGCAUCAAACCCAGUCUGGAGCUCAGUGAGAUGCUGUACACAGACCGGCCUGACUGGCAGAGCGUGAUGCAGUAUGUGGCCCAGAUUUACAAGUACUUUGAGACAUAACCCCAGAGGGCCCAGAGCAGCCACCACCGCCCGCUGGACGCACCCAGUCACUUUCCAUGAGCCCUGUUCCGACCACCACCUGCCUCCUGCACUUCAAAGAAAGACUCAACCCAGGGGACCAACACACAAAUAAAGUGGGCUCCACCCUGCAUCCACCUUAAAUCCAGCCCCUUUGGAUUUAAGGGGAAGCUGUGCUCUCCCACUGGGCCUUCCUCCUUCCAGAGCCAGGAGUCCAUGCCAGACUAGUCCCACGAGGACCCAGGAAAACAUCUCACGUGACUGUGACUCCAUGUCUGAGCUGCACUGAGACGCAGGACAGAGCAUUUACAGAUCUGUUACCUUUUUACUAAAUAUCCUGUCUUUUGCCUGUAUAACAACUCUGCUCUUUCCCCCGCCCCUACCAUUCCUCUCAAAAAGCAAAACAAAACAAAAACACCCAACAGAAGACAAAGAGACAAACAUUUGCUGUCCCUUGGACUGGAAACACACUGAGUCCUGCCUUUUAGGAAACAGGCUUACAUUCCAGGUGACAAUUUAACAUCCAGAACUUGGUUGUAACUUUCAGAUCUCACCGUCAUCUAAUUGAUUCGUUGACUGGAAUGUAAAAUGUGAGAAUGCGCAGGAGGCCCUGAGUAUUUGCUGCGAUUUCCUUGUGUGGUGUCCCACUCAUAGAAGGUGCCUCUUGUGUUGGAACACACAGAGUUCUCAGUGGUUGCUUACAUGCUGAGAGGGAAACUCCGUGUGCUCACACCCCCACUCACAGCCACACCUUUGUUCAUGUGCAGAGCUUGACAGAAAGCCACGCAUGUGUGUGAAAUGACCGGGGCCUGCCAGAUCUUCAUGUAUUUGCACAGGCUGGAAAUAUGUGUUAUUUGGGAUCAGGGAAGACAGCAAUAUUUCAACUCUAACUUAUUUUUCACUGGUUCCUCAGGCCUUUUAUAUUUGCAUUUCAAAAGGAAGCCCUUGGGUGGGCAGAGAUGGCACCUACCUGCUGCACCUUUGGUGUCUGUGUUGGUCAAAUAAGUGUACAUUGUAUAGCAAAUGAGGGUGCAGUUUUUGCAGGUAAAUUCAGUGCCCAUCACUUUCAGGUGUUGGAGAGCUGUAUGUGCCCCUCUGCAAAGAGUCAUCCUUACUUCAAGGAGCCCACAUCUCCUCUGAGACCCUGUCUUUACUUAGAGGAGCUCUCUGACACCUGCUUGGAGCUCCUCCUGGAAGAGGCCCGCACUCGGCCCUCCCUGCAGGACAAGGCCCCCUUUGUGGAGGUGGCAGCUGGGCUCUGGCUGCAAAUCCAUCCCUUCCUCAUUUUCCUCUAUGGCUCUAGUUCCAAAUCACCUGGGGAAUUUGCUGACUACACACACUCCUGGCUGCCCCAUCAAUCGAGUCAGAGUAUCUGGAUGACACCAGUAAAAUAAUGUAUAUAUUUUCAGAAUUCCCCUGAGAAGCACUAAGAGGAGAAGGUGCCUUCCAUUGCCCCCCAGAGCAGCACAGUGGAGAGCAGGGCACUCUCCUUUGGCGUGAGUGGUGUGACUACAUAAUGGACCUCUUUCCAGGUGGAUGCUGGAGUCACUGUCUGAACAGAUUUAACCUGCUCCUUCCUGAUGAACUUACCCAUCUGAAAGUCGUGACUUGCAUUGCUUCAUGCAUCUGUCGUUUGUUGAUGACUGAUAUUUUCCUUAUCUCUGUGCUUCUGCCUCAGUCCCCAUCACAGUGGAAAAGAGCAAUAUUUCAGGUUGUUGGGUUUUGGGUUUAACCUGAGCUGUUGGUGGUUAUGUUUAAUCUGGACUUACCAGAGAGCUUUGUGCAGGAGAGACAGCGAGGUCUUAGGGUACCUGGAGAAAGUAUUUAGCAUGACCUGCACCCUGUUUUUAGUGAUCUCUGUAGACGAUUCAGAAUGAGCGCUGGGCACAGCAGUCCAUGGUGGUGGCCUCGCCCUUCCUUCUCUUCCCUAACCCCCACCCCGGUGCCUGCUCCUUCUGGGCUAAAAAGAAGGAAAGUAAUGUCAUGUGACAGAAAGGCUAUGUGCAGUUUCUUUUUAUAACCCUAGGAAAUUCCGUGUUUCUUUGCCAGUGGGUGUGCCUAGAGAGGAGGAAGCUGUGUCCUGGUCACAGAAGCACAGGUGGUUGUGGGCAGGUCUGGCCCCGAGGGUGGCAGUGAAGGCAGCACCAGGGCCUGGAGGGAAGCUGUCCAGAUCUGUUUGGAACUGGGACAUCGAGAAAACAAGGUAGCAGCAAGUUGUUCACUCCUAGUUUUCCAUCCUGAGGCUUUCCGAGGCUACAAAAUGCAUCUUUCUUCUUCAGAUGAAACUUAGUCAUUUAAAAUUAUUUGGUGGUUCUGCAAUUGCUAUUUUAAACAAUUUUAUGUAUGAUGCAAAAUGCAAGACCCAGAAGAGUGGAGGGGUUGUUUUAAGACAUAAGGAGUAGCUCAUGGUGAGUUGUGAGCAUGGUGAGUCGUGAGCAUGGUGAGUCAAUUCAGACUUGAACUUUAAUUGACCAAUGUUAGUGCCACAGCCCCCACCCCACUGGGUCAGCAUUCUGAGGAACCAGGCAGUCACACUUCCCAGCCUUAUCUCCUCUCACUUCAGAAAGGAUGUUAGUCUUUUGUUUUUAUUCUUCUUUCCAUUGUUUGGGAACUUCUGUUGACACCAUUUUAAGUAGGUGCAAUAGGUGUUAGAAAUCACUUUGCAGAGUGACUAGCCAGUGUCAAGCAUCUGCACCUACCCAUCUCCACCAUCACCUCCAGAACCCCCUCAGAGGAAGGCAGGCAUUUGUCUGGCAAGGCACAAAAAGGACUCAGCUUGUUAACUACAAACUCAUUUGCCAAAUCUAGAAGUAGCUAUUGCCUUUUCAGAGUUUGAGUGCCAUUUUGAAAUGAACUACCAUGAACAUGCUGUAAAGGAUAUAACCUAGCAAUCUUUUUUUUAAAGUAUUUUUAAUAUCUCAUUGCCCAAGUUCACUGGAUGUUUCACUUCUCUAACCCAGAUUAGAGUUUGGCUAAAUCUGUAACAUCCUGAGUAGCUCACUGAUUUUAACUACAUUAGUUGAAUGCAGUUUAUACAUCUGUGUCCUCACUUCUAUAAAGAGCACACCAGAUUGUACCAAGCAUUGUCAGAUAUGACAAGCCAGCAUAGAUGUAUUAAACUAUUAACACACAAAUGUACAAUGUAUGACUGUGUAAUAUUUCUAAUAAAUAUAUUUUGUUUCUGUCUGAUUAUGAAUUUUCCAGGGAUAGUUGUCAUUAAUAUUUUCUCAAAGUACCAGGCUUAAUUUCCAUCUGUUUCAAACCAGUCUUCAUGUCUCAGUUCCUUGUUGGGCUUUGGUCUUGCUGAUGUUACUGGAAAUACCAGAAAGGACUAGAUGCUAAUGGUUCCUGCCAUUUGAUGUGACUAGAGUCUCUCGUGAAAGUCACCCUUCGGAGCCCAAACAGGAUGCUGCAGAGCUGCACAGAUGUGCUCACAAGAGCCUGACCAGAGCUGCCCCUGCUUAGCACAUGUCCUGUGAGUGAAUGCUGAGACCUGAACCAUACUUCAGCUGGUGUUAAACAGGAAGAAAUUAUGAUAAUAUUGAAGAGGCAGAGUUAAUGGACACAGCUAGGGGAAGCCAGUUCACCUGGUUCAUCGGAGUGGCUGGUUCAUGCACGCUGGUUCAUCAGAGUGGCUCUUCAGGCAUCUCUCGGGUGCCACUGCGCACUGCCCACUGGGAAAGAGAAAGAAGACUGCCCCUCCUAGAAUCUCACAUCUCCCGCUUCCCUCAGGGGAGCUCCUCUGUUAACUGCCUCUUUCUCCAAAAUGCCUGUCUGUCUAAAAAUAGCACAGCCUCUAAUAAGUCUUAACACAGUCAAGCCAGGACAGCGGCCAUCACUCAUCUUCCUCCGGGCUGUGAUAUCAGAGGAGAUACCAAGUUCAACAUCCUGUUGCCCACAGCUAUCUUAGUCUGUGCACAUGCGCACUCACAGGGAUUUGGUGGAAGGCCAGUGUCUCAGCAUUUGAGAAUCGAUCCCUUCCGUAGUUUGUGGUGGUUUGGGGACCACCAGGGAGCUCGCUCUUGGGCCUAGAGCCUCAUCCCUAGAAAUCCUGUCUUCUGUCAUAGCCCCUGCAUAUUGAAUCGGAAAUCACACAGAGAGCUUCUCCUGAUGCACAGAAGGCCCACUGUGGUAGUGGCUCUGCUGCUGUGGAGGGCUGAGGACACCAGGCCAGGCCCCGUUGGCACUCAGCCACUUCCCCUUCUCUAAGUGCUUUGGAUGCUUCUGCUUCUCCUUAUUAUCACUCCUUACUCAGCUUCCUGAAGGCAGAGCCAUAUAUCUGUUCAGAUGCCUCAACCUUAUGCAUAAUUGUUGACAGAUAAAUGAUUUUUAAUAAAUUGGUAGAGCCAUCCAGCUACCAUGAACUCUCAUUCCUUCUUAGAAUUUCUCAUGGAACUCUGGGGAAGAGACACAUCCAGCCUGGUUUCAGUGCUUUAGUUGGUCUUGUGAAUAGUCAUUGCCAGCAGUUUCCAGCUUGAUAGGAAAAAAAUCCCAGAACUGCACUUGGAAAAGACCCCUGGGGAGAAACUUGAAACUUGAUGUCCUGAAGACCUUCAUCAUGUUUCCCUCUCUCUUCUCUAACAAUCCUUGUUACCACGAAUAAAAUGACCCAUUUCCCAGCAGAAUCUCAGCCCUCCAAAUGCUCUAAAUGAAUUCAAUCUAACUUAACUUUCCUGUCCUAUUAAAACCUCAGUGAUAUUUUUGUAAAUUAUGAAAAAUAAGCCAUAAAAAGAUUUGGCCUGGACGUCACCCCUCUUUGCUUGUCCAUCUGGGAUACUAUUUAUACAACUCUGUAAGCCAUAUC